UGGAUCGCGUUGAUGCCAAAGAAAUCGCAGCAGCAUAUUAUAGCGUUCACAUACAUUUUAAAUACUUGUUUUAAAUUAUUCUUUCAGUAAAAUGUCCGCGGACCUCUAAAAUAUACACAAUAUUUAAAGAUACCAAAACCUGAAUGCACGGUUGAUCGACUUCGUUUGAACUUCACUUGGAGGGCAACGUUAAUCGCUCGUAAGACACGUUAUCUGGUGUUCAAUAAAGACUGUUGUGACUGACAGUGUGAAAUUGCAUUGCCCAGAUACUUCUGCAUUGCUUGGCAUUAAGUUUCAGUGAUGGCAGAUGACUUUUCAAAAGCUAUGGAAAAAGAGCUGAGAGAUGAUCCCCGCUCAAGUGGAGAUGCACUUGUCCUAAAGCCCAAGAAAAAGAAAGCAAAGGCCAAAGCGAAGGAGAAGUCCCCGCAGGAUGGAAAGAAGAAAACGCACAAAAAGAGAAAAUCUAGUGAAAAGGAGAGCAUGGACUUUGAAGAAAGUGGUGACAGAAGGCUCCAGCUGGAUGUGAAGCAAGAACUACAGGAUGAUCCAGAUUUUGUCGCCGAGGGGAAAGGGAAGAAAAGGAAAAGAAAGAGGGAACACGCGGAUGGAACUUCAUCUAAUUCAGGAGCUCCUUUGCCAAAAAAGAAGAAGAAAGUUGUUAAGGAGGAGGGGGAGGUAAACUCAACAAAGAAGAUAAAGAAGGAAGCAAAAGAUAAGGUGAAAAAAGAAGAGGGAGAUCAUCCUGUCUCUGUAAAGAAGAAGAAAACAAAGGAGGAGAUUGAAGCAGCCAGGGCCCUCAAGAUAAAGAAGAAAGAGGAAGAGGAGAAGCUGAGAUGGAGAUGGUGGGAAGAAGAGAAGUAUGAGGAUGGAAUUAAAUGGAAGUUUCUAGAACACAAAGGACCAUAUUUUCCACCCGAGUAUCAACCUCUUCCAGAUGAUGUCAAGUUUUAUUAUAAUGGAAAAGCAGUGAAGCUUAACCCGCCAGCUGAGGAAGCGGCUCUUUUCUUUGCUCAAAUGCUGGAUCACGAAUACACCACAAAAGAGGUCUUUCGCAAUAACUUCUUCAGAGACUGGAGGAAGGAGAUGACUCUGGAGGAGAAGCAGCUGAUCACAGAUAUGAACAAGUGUGAUUUUAGGGAACUUCAUGCCAUGCACAUACAGCGGGUGGAAGCCAGAAAGAAUAUGAGCAAAGAGGAGAAGCAGGUUAUUAAAGAAGCAAAUCAAAAGAUUGUUGAAGAAUAUGGGUUCUGUGUGUUGGACCAUCAUCGUGAGCGCAUUGGGAACUUUAAGAUAGAACCUCCUGCGCUAUUUCGAGGCAGAGGAGAUCACCCUAAACAGGGAAUGCUGAAGAAGAGGAUUCGGCCUGAAGAUGUGAUUAUCAACUGCAGCAAGGAAUCUCGUAUCCCAGAACCCCCAGCUGGCCACCGUUGGAAGGAAGUUCGCCAUGACAACACCGUAACAUGGCUAGCUAGCUGGACAGAGAACGUACAAGGCUCCUGUAAAUAUGUGAUGCUCAAUGCCAACUCCAAACUCAAGGGUGAGAAAGAUUGGGAGAAGUAUGAGGUGGCACGGAGACUGAAGUCGUGUGUGGAUGCCAUCCGAACCCAGUACCAUGAAGACCUCAAGUCCAAACAGAUGGGCUCACGCCAGAGAGCCGUAGCCCUCUACUUUAUCGACAAGCUGGCUCUGAGAGCAGGUAAUGAAAAGGAAGAGGGUGAGACGGCAGACACUGUGGGUUGUUGCUCUCUGCGUGUGGAGCACAUCACCUUACACGACACACUGGAUGGCCAGAAGUGUGUGGUGGAGUUCGACUUCCUGGGUAAAGAUUGCAUCCGAUACUACAACAAGGUCCCUGUGAUAAAAAAGGUUUUCAAAAACCUCAAGCUUUUCAUGGAAAAUAAGCAAGGAGGAGACGACCUCUUUGAUCGGUUGAAUACCCAAGUGCUGAACAAACAUCUGAGCUCUCUCAUGCCGGGCCUGACUGCUAAGGUUUUUAGGACAUACAACGCCUCCAUAACCCUGCAGCAGCAACUUAAAGAACUCGGCAACAUGACUGAUAAUGUGGCGGAGAAAUUGCUCUCAUACAACAGGGCAAAUCGUGCGGUUGCAAUUCUAUGUAACCAUCAGCGGGCGCCGCCAAAGACCUUCGAACAGUCCAUGGCAAAUCUGCAGUCAAAGAUUGACAGCAGGAAGGAGCAGCUGUCCCUGGCUAAGAAAGAGCUAAAACAGGCCAAGAAAGAUGCCAAAGGGAGCUCAGACAACAAGCUGCUCACUUUGGUGGAGAAGAAGAAGAAAGCUGUGCAGAGGUGUGAGGAACAGCUACUGAGGAUGGAGGUUCAGGCUACGGACAGAGAGGAGAACAAACAGAUCGCCCUGGGCACCUCCAAGCUUAACUACUUGGAUCCACGUAUCAGCGUGGCCUGGUGUAAGAACAUGGAGGUGCCACUGGAUAAAAUAUACAACAAGACCUUACGAGAUAAGUUUGCUUGGGCAAUCGACAUGACUGAAGUUGACUUUGUGUUCUAGUUUUGGUUUGGUUGUCUUGCAGUUGACUAUUUUAUUAACCAUUUUUAUCCAAACCUACAUCAAGUGGUUGAUUCGGUUUUGUAGCUGUAUUGUUGGCACUUUUAUAUUGUUCGGUUUUUAUGUUUAAUCAAAUUCAGAUAUUCUGAAUCAUUUUAGGAAAGUUCAAUAAAUGUUUAUUGUUUGUAGGGAAA